AUGGGUGCAGGCUUGCAGACCAGCAUCGCCCUUACUCGAUUGCAGCAAACGCAGCAGCACAUUCACCCAACUCGUGCCACUCAUGAAGUUGUAAGACAGGCAAUUGUCCACGGCCCAAGGACGCCGGAGUUGUGGCAGCUCACCCUCAGUGAGCUCCUAGACUUUCAGUGCCGAGAAUACCACGACCGUGAAUGCUUGGUUGUUCCCUGGACCAAUACAAGGUGGACGUACGCACAGCUGCAGGCAGAAAGUGAAAAAUUGGCUCGUGGGUUGAUCGCAAGCGGAAUUCGGCAUGGCGACCGGAUCGGCGUGAUGGCUGGCAAUUGCGAGCAGUAUGUAUCGCUUUUCUUUGCUGCGGCGGCUGUUGGAGCAAUUUUGGUAGUCAUCAACAACACCUACACAAGGGCAGAGUUGAUGUAUGCUCUGGAGCAUACCUCCUGUAAAAUGCUAUUCAUAUCACCGAAUAUUGGCCGGCACUCGCUCGAAGAUUCUAUCAACUACCUCCAAGGCCGGGAUAGGGCCCAGUCUCUUCCCGACUUAGAAGAGGUAGUGAUUAUUCGCGGUCAAUAUCAGUCGGUGAAAACAUAUAAUGACGUUAUUCAUGAGGGUAAUGCUGUUUCACAAAAUACAGCAUAUCGCCAUGCCAACAUUGUCAGUCCUUACGACGUCUGCAAUCUUCAGUUUACCAGCGGUUCAACUGGGAAUCCAAAAGCAUCAAUGUUAACGCAUUACAAUCUUAUCAAUAACUCCCGCUUCAUUGGUGAUCGUAUGGACCUCACUGCUUCCGAUGUCCUCUGUUGUCCACCACCACUAUUUCAUUGUUUCGGCCUCGUUCUGGGACUUCUUGCCUGUAUCACUCACGGGGCCAAGAUUGUUUAUCCCAACGAAACAUUUGAUCCAGCUGCAGUUCUCGAGGCCAUAUCCAAGGAGCAAUGCACCGCCGUGCACGGGGUGCCCACUAUGUUCGAGUCAAUCCUUGCAGCACCUAGACCAAGACAAUUUAAUUGUGGCCGCCUCAGAACGGGAAUCAUUGCUGGUGCUCCGGUGCCCUAUUCUCUUAUGCAACGGCUAGUCAAGGACCUCAACAUGACCGAGUUCACGAGUAGCUAUGGGCUAACCGAAGCAUCGCCCACGUGCUUCAAUGCAUUCACUCACGACUCGGUUGAGAGGCGAUUAACAACAGUUGGAAAGGUCAUGCCUCAUGCCAGUGCCAAGAUUAUCGAUCCUAAAUCCGGACGCACUCUUCGUGUGGGCGAACGCGGAGAGCUAUGCAUGAGCGGCUAUCAGGUGCAUAGCGGAUAUUGGAAGAAUCCACAAAAGACAGCGGAGACACUGCUGAGAGAUGAAGAUGGAACAGUAUGGCUACGAACAGGUGACGAAGCAGUUUUUGAUGCCUUUGGAUACUGUACAAUCACAGGUCGUUUCAAGGAUAUAAUCAUCCGCGGAGGGGAAAACAUCUAUCCUCUUGAAAUUGAAGAAAGAUUGGCCGCUCAUCCGGCCGUAUCCCGAGCCACGGUGAUUGGAAUUCCGGAUCAGCAUUACGGUGAGGUUGUAGGGACGUUCAUCGAGUUUGAGAAGGGCGUUGCCAAUCUGCCUUCAGCUGAAGAUCUUCGAAACUGGAUAAGGGAAACAUUGGGCAGACAUAAAGCGCCCAAAUAUCUGUUCGUAUGUGGGUCGCAUGAUCUUCUUCCUAGGGUUAUUCCCCAAACAGGAAGUGGAAAAGUACAGAAACAAGUCCUGCGCGAAUUGGCAAAGAAACUGGUGCACAGCGAAACACAGACGCUGCUUCAGUAA